AUGCCUACCGUAACGUCGACCUCCCAGGUAGCCAUUACAAACAUCGGGCCUCUAACCACCGUCUUUACAGCGCCCGCCUCUUGCGCGACGGCCUCGCCAAAUCUCUGGCUCGCCAUAACCCAGGAUGAGUUCCCCAGUCGCGUUGCCCCCUUUUACAAACGGGACUGCAUAGUGCCCAAGCUCGGCGAGUGCUACGCCUCUGGCAAGAAACUCGAUGAUGCGUACGCGUCGGUGCAGUCGGUCGGCACCUCCGACAUAGGCACCAUCGCCUACUUCUCCCCGGCCAGCGCCUGUCCGGAUUCUCACACGACCGUUGGUGUGGCCUCCAAAGGCAACGACGGGAACAUCACUUCGUCGGGCAUCUUCAUGCCGACGGCCGUUGCCUCUUCCGAAGACUCUCGAAGGCUUCUAUUCGGGCAAAACCCGCCGUUGAAUCUGCUCAUGCAGGUUCUGGAUAAGAAUGAGACUGCAGUCAUAUGUUGUCCUCAGGACUACACGAUAGACUUCCAGGGAGGCGCCUGUUACUCGUCCGUCCCGCUCUCCAUGUACGGCGAGAGAACGGCAUGCUACCUGGGCAGGAACCCCGACGAUUACACCGCCAUCACAGCAACUUUUACCUACAACAACUCGGCCGUCGCGGGCGUCGUCUGGUCCAUCACGGUACCCAGCCAGUCGUUCAGUACCGUGACCACCACGUUGACCGAAUCCGCCAUCACCGAGAGCUUUUACGCCGUCGUGGCCAAGCCGGCGUAUACGCUGAUCCACGGGGGAGCAGCAGCAUCAGUCCAGCCAACAACGGACGACGCCGCCGCCACCGGCACCGCGGCCCCGACGCAGACGGGGGCAAACGCGGCCAACAGCCUCAGGAUGAUGGCCACUUCUGGAGGCGGCGUGGGUGUUCUGGCGACCGUAUGGGCGUUUGCCGCGCUCGCUGGUGUUGCGCUCGCCCUGCCUUUGUGA